AGAACAGGAGGUCAUCCAAUAAUAUUGUGUUAACGCUGGUAGUUAAACAUCAAAUUGUUUGAGAGGUGAAAAAAUUACCUGUAGUUUAAACAGGAAUACUUUCGCCUUACGAGAGCGUACAAUAUUUUGGAAUAUUCACUACAGUUUUCUUUAUAGAAUCUUUAGAUCUUAUUAUUUCUUGGAGUAUUGUUUCGUCCGAGUCUGUCACUCGGGAUUAAUUAUAGCGUCGGGAGCUCCCUGCAGCGAGUGUCUCUGCCCAGGUAACUCCUGCCACGUUUAACGAUCGGGUGGGGUGGUGUCACUUAGGGAAGUUGGUAUCAAGAAUCACAAUGGAAUAGAUUGCUAUUUCUUACCCCGUUUUUCAUCACUUGAUAGAGAGGAUUACUGAUCAUUCGGAUUAUCAAGUGAAAACAGCUUGGAUUCUCACCAUGGGCAACAAAGUAACUGUCUACUACGACUACCUGUUCCCCAUGAUUCAGACAGAAAUACACGGAAGUAACGGAUCAAACCGCACAAUCUCAAAUGUGACAUGUGACCCGUCGAUCAAGAAUGCAGAUGAGGUAUUCCGAAGCAUAUUGCUGGAUCGUCAAAGCGCACAGAUAUUGUUUAACUUCAUAGUCAAUACAAUUUUAGUAGGAUCUAUAUGUUUGCUCGGAUUCGUCGGAAAUGCGUUGUCUUUUAUAGUUCUGCGCAAUGACCGGUCGAAAUCAACCACAAAUUUCCUCCUUCAGGGUUUAGCAGUGACUGAUACAACGUUGCUACUUGAUUGUGUGUUGUAUAUAACGAUAUCCCCGAUUUAUCCAUAUACGGGGAAAUUAGGCGCAUUUUUUCAUUUGCAUCCGUACAUUUUGCCAUAUCUUCUCCCUUGUGGCAUUAUGGCGCAGACCCUGACAAACUGGUUUGUUGUGCUAGUGACGACAGAACGUUACAUUGUUGUGUGUUGGCCUUUUCAUGCGCCGCGUUGGUGUACCAUCCCCAUAGCAAAGUUAUCCAUUUUUAUGGUGACAGUCAUGGCUAUAGCAUAUAAUCUGCCAAGAUUCUUUGAAUGGAAUAUACUAGUCGAAAAGGAUAUAUGCACUAACUUCACCAUUGCAAAGCCGGUACAAAGUCCACUUCGUGCCAAUCUUACAUACAAAAUAAUAUACCGUGUAGGAUCCUAUGUCAUUUUCAUCGCCAUUGGGCCCAUGAUUAUUCUCAUUGUGCUCAACAUUAAACUGAUUCUAGCCUUACGGAAGGCCACCAAGGAACGAAUCCAGCUGACAAAAGGGAAGCAAAGUCAAGCAAGUAAUACGACUAUUAUUGUUGUGGUUGUAUCUGUGUUCAUCAUAUGCCAGACCCCAGCGCUGGUUCAUCAGAUCCUUGAAGCAAACGAUGUCAAAGUGAAUGACAGUGUCACCUCAUACACCACAUCGCUAGGUAACAUGUUAGUCGUUUUCAACUCAAGUGUUAACUUUUUCAUCUACUGUUUAUUCGGGCAAAAGUUUCGCCGAAUUCUGAAGCGGAUUGUCUGUAGGAAUCGCUCCAUUGUUGCCAUUAUGUCACUGUUCAACAAGCACAUCACGCCCCCAAGUGAAAAUAGUAUGUUCCAGACAGCCGAGUUCAGCCAAAUAACAACCCAGGAUCAUGACCAUCAUGUUGAUUGUGUGUGACAAAUAAACAGGACAAUCCGAAUAUUUUCAAAUAGUGAGUGGCUGAAUCGAGGUUAGUGGUGGUUUUUUUUCUGGAGAAUAGCUCCGACUUUUUGCAGCAGAUUUCUUAAAACACUCUUGUAUUACAUGUUAUUGUCCUUGCAUGCAUUAUAUUUUCUAAAAGGCAAACGUUGAAAGACCGGUUAUUCAUAGAGCAUAUUUCCAUUUCACUGCACUGCACUUAAAAUCUGUGGUGAUUACACUCCUCAAAGAUAGCUCUCAUUGAAAACAGCAGAAUAUGGAAAAGUCCCAUUUCAGAAUGACCAAAAGAGCAGUUCUGAAUGAAAAGAUGUCAUCUUAACAGUUUUGUGUCAUCCCAAUUCCUGGGAUAAGGGUUCAAGUUUCUCAUGGAAAAUCUCCAAUAUGUUCGAUGUGGGAUUUUAAAAGCUCCUUCCCGGCAGAAUAGGUAAACUGUCAAGAAGAACACCAAGUUACUUCAUCUUAUAAGUUUUUCUGCUGAAAAAAUAACCAAUAAUUGCUUGUCACAUUGACAACUUGGACAACAACAGCGAUGAAAACGUCACUUAGUACACUUUUUACAAAGCCAGAGAAUGUAUGCCUAUUAAAGUUACCGUAACUACAUGUAAUGGCCAUUAUUGAUUAUCAAUUAUGCCGGGGAAAGAGUCAAGAUGAGGUUUAUUUCCAUAUGCAAAUGAUGCCAUUUAUUGCAAAUGAUUGUCAUUUUUUAUCAUGGUAGUUAAAGCAUCCAGAUGUUUGCACAAGAAACUGAAUUGUUGCGAAGUGAAAAAAGUAACAGAAUAUUAUCACAUGUUGAUUUAAAACAUAAAUAUCUUCUUCCAUUUUUUUCAGUUUAUCUCUACCAUUUGAUUUAUGACAAGACAUACUAGUUUUUACUAACAUCAUCACCACCAUCAUCAUCAUCAUCAUCAUCAUCAUCAUCACCACCACCAUUAUCAUCACCACCACUUUCAUCAUCAUCCUCAUCCUAAUAAUCUUCAUCAUCUUUAUCACCAUCAUCAUCAUUAUCAUAAUCAUAUCAGACUGGGUAGGAAAUUUUUGGAUAGCAUACUAAUACUGUUGGAGAGAGUUCCUUCGUUUCUCAUAUGAGGAAUUGUCAUCCACACAUUUACUUACUCUAACGUAGUUCCGAUAUAGAUAUUAAUCAUUAAUAUGGGUUCUUAAUGAUACAGAUGCUUCCUUAGAUGUCUACUUAAAGCCGCAAUUUUAUCAACAUAUUUGAGGAGAGUAUUACAAACAUUAUAAGAUGCCAUUCCAUCAUAUUACUUGACCUAUAGAUAACUCAGUUGCAUGUUGUGUUGGCGCAAGUGGCUGAACACCACUGAACUUACGAACCUAAUCUGGGCAAGCAAAGUGCCAUACACAUUCUCAUUAA